CCCCACGCCUCCUCUCUGCUUCCUCCUGCCGGGUACUCCGUGAGCAGCAGAGUCCUCCUCCAGAGCUGCGGACACAAUGACAGGAGAGCUGAAGGACGGAGCUGAGGAGGACUUUCCGCAUUCGCCUUUCAUCCGGAAGCAGGGCAACAUCUACAAACCCAACAACCAGAACAUGGACAACGAGAGUGUGAACGAGAAGGCGAUGGAGGACGUGCACACCAAAGAGAUCGACCUGGUCAACCGGGACCCGAAGCGCAUCAACGAUGACGUUGUCAAG